GUCCCAUGAGCCUUCGCUUAGACGCUGUACCAAAACGCGUCGUAAAAUUCAAGCUCAGACAACUUCUUAUCUCAACUAGACGUUAGACUGUAGAGACAUUUGUAACACAUUUUACACAAAGCUUCAUUUUUGGGUUUUGUGAACGCGUGAGAGAUUGUUUCUUCCACCCACACUGCUGCACUGCAGACCCUGAUGUCUUCAGCUCAUCUUUGGCUGGAAGAUGAUGCAGAGCCACAGGUCAGGAAGCAGCGAACUGGAGUUCAUCAUGUAUUCCCCUCAUGCACACUUUAGUAACCCUGAUUUGGGCAUAAUUAAUGGGUCAAACAGAGAUUCCCAUCAUCUGACAAUUGGAUCUAUGCCAAAUGCCUGGGAGAGAAGAUGCAUGAGGAAGCUGAGGAGAAGGACAAACGAUGAAAGCUGUAGUCCCAAAAGACGAAAGCUGAUGGGAGAGGAAGGAGUAGAAAUAGCUGAGUAUCCAAAUCCGAAAGUGAGCCACGGAUGGUCUGUGGACUCUACCACCCCUUCACCCUCAUCUGAUUCCAACCCGGGUCAGUUGCAGACUGAACCCAGGACAGAGGAAAUGGGUCUGCCCUUCAGUGCCUCUUCCUCUCCACUGCCCAGAGUUCACACAGAGGGGUCAGGCAUGGAGGUAGAGGCAGCUCAGAGGAGACUGCAGGAGAUAGAAAAGAGGAUAACUUUAGAAGAUGAUAGCGAUGAGGAGCUGGAUUUGGAACCAGCUCCACGCAGGCCAGUUUUGGUGAUGUCCGACAGCCUAAGGGAGGGGUUACAGCAUGGGAUUGGUGACAUUCUACCCCACACAGUAACACAGUCAAUGAGCCGCUCUUGUAUGGAACUGGUGCUAUGGCGCCCUCCAGAGGACCCUCUCACCCAGAGGCUGAAAGACUCCCUACAAAGACAGCAGCGUAAGCAGCUGUCAGUGAGCAGACAGACUCCCACUCCUAUACCAUCUAUCAGCAGCCCCUUCAGCCCCACAUCCCAGCCACUGUUCACAGCAACCAAUGAGCAAACUUUCAGCCCCCUGUUCAGCAGCCCUGCGGUUCUCAACUCUGGAGAAGAAGACAUGGAGUUAUAGAGGGAAAUCUUUGGAGUAUCCGACUCUUUGUAUCCUGUAUAUGGAAUAAGCUUUGAACUAAUUGAGACCGCCUCGGCAACCCAAUAUCUGUGAAAAUGAGGAAUAACCACAAGGGGUGGAGUGCAUUAAGUUUUGCGCAAGUAUCGGAUUAAAUUUAUUUGUGCCAUGUUUUUUAACCUGCACUUUGGCUAUUUAAGAGCUGGGACCAUACUUGCACUAGUAAAAAUGAGAAGUAUCAUAUAUGAAUAUAAUCAGUACAUUGGUCAAAUGUGCAGUCACUCAUCAUACAUCAUAGUGUUUGCAUAGCACUACUCCUAUUUGAAAUCAUUACUGAUUAAUAUUGCAAGAAAACUUCAGUUUUGUCUUUAUACAGUUGUAUUAUUGCAUUGAUAUUAUUGAUUCAUAGUGCUUGAUUUGUUAAAAACUGCCAUAUUAUUUACAUGUAAUGCUUUGUGAGCAGACAGGGUGUCAGUGUUCAAAACCUGUGACUCCUUUUAUUGUGCUCUUCGUUUUUAUGGUCUUUUUUGUUGUUUUUAAAGGUGCUGUAGUUAUGAAAAUUGGAAACAGAAUCUUUAGUGAAUAUCUGUUCUGUUCAUGUUGAUGAAUUUCAUGGAGUGAAUGCCAGCUUAACAUUUUCAGUUUUAACAAGUUCUUGUCCCCUAACAUUGUGUUUCUUUAUUUAAUUGAGCGGGAAUAGAGCAUUAUGUGGUCUUGAACUGGGCAUAGUGUAACAACUGCCCUAAUCUUUAUAACCAGUUUAAUAUUUCAUUUUAGCUGUCUGCAUAUUUUUACCUUCUACACAAGGGAUGUCAAACUCAUAUUAGGAUUGAGAAAAAUGUCACAUUAUGUCAAACAAAAUUAGUAAUUAUAGGGAGUAAUAUUCAAACAAAAAUAUUUACAGGGAAAAGAGAAAAUCACUCACUGCUCUAGGGUGGAUAACUUAAGUAGCUUUAAUAACACAUCUAGAAUUGAACAUUGAACAAAAAAAGAAGGGUGAAUUUGUGUAAAUGUGCAAGUGCUGAAUGCCGGAUGUAAUAGAGAAAGGUGUUAACACUUUGAGAUGUGAGUUAUGACAUGCAACACAACAAAUUAAAGAGUUCAUCUGUCCUGCUGUAGCUAAAAUAGAUUUCAUGAAUAUAUAUAUACCAAUGUAACAAAUUGGCAUGAACAAGCUUCCAGACUGAACUCCUCCACAGGGCAAGUCUUUUACAGCCCUUAAUUAAAGGGAUAGUUCACCCAAAUAUUAAAAUUCUCU